AUGGACGAUGCAUCUAAAAGCUCAGCCCAGCCUGAGGGAGUCGCGAGUGCUUCGCCAUUCACCCAAGCUCAAGUACCGGAGCCAACUCAUAAAUCAGAGUCGAGUUCCCAGGAGCGUCACGAUUCCAAGGACGGGGGAUCUUUCGAUACGGUCAUGGAGCUUGUGCCCAUCGCAGAUGUCAGUCCUGGCGCGAUCGAUGUUUCGACGAUCGAUGUGCCAAACAAAGAGGGGGACGUUGUUGUCGGAGCGCUGGAGCCAGCACUAGACAAAGAGAGACUCGUGGAUGAAAACUACAACAAGCCAUCACUACAACCUGCAUCAUUUGGCGUCGACAAUAGUUCUGACGCAUCUACCCUGAUCAAAGUCCCCCAGGCCAAGCUCGAGGACGCUCAUCAAGAGCAUCCCCAUGACACCAUCGAUGAUGCGGAAGCAGCCGUUGGUAAGAGCUCGGCCAACACAGCGAAUCCGUUGCCCAUGAAUCAGGACGAUAUGUUCUGCGACCGUAGCGAUGAUGAUAUCGACAAGGAAAUGAAAAGCUUGGUUCAUGAAGAGGAGCUGCUUCAACACAGGCAAUCGGAAAGUUACUGGACAGAUCAGGAUGCAAUGCGUUUGCAAUGGGUUCAUGAAAGGAUGGAGCUGCUAGAUAACGUGUGGGCAAGCAGAACAGUGCCCCAAGCAAGAGCAGCUGCCAAAUGCCUCGGCCACAACGAGCUUCCUCAGUCUCAUAUGCCAGUACGCGGCACGAAAAAGUCUACCGCUUCUAAUAAGCGUAAGUCCGAGGCGUCAACCGAUGAUAAUCCGGUUGUCAAGAAGCCGAGAACAUCUACCAAGCCAACUAAGGGCCAGAAGCAAGCUGUGGACUUUGUCACAAAGAGCAUGUUCAAUCAAAUGAGCGGCGAGACAGAUGAGAGCCUCAACGCCGACGCGAUGAAGAACUUGGAGUCCAUCAGCAAGGCUCCGACUCUUAUACGGGAACAUCUGAAGGCCAUCCAGGCUGCAGGAUUGGAGCUUCCCAAUGCGAAGCCCGAAAUAAUCAAGGCGCAUGCCAAAGCUUUGGGUGGAAUCUCACGUGCAUUCAGCACCAUUGUCUCUCCAUGGGUGACCGAGGGAGAUGGGAAAAAGACCAUUGAUGACUUCAAAUGGCAAAUCACAGGGAUGCGUUACCCAUUGCACCAUCACCAGCUAGUCGCAGCUGGAAAUAUGUCGACCAUUGAGAAAGACAAUGAGAAUGAUGGGUCAACCAAAUUUGCCCUCCUAUCGGGCUUGCUUUAUGAUCAUAUGGGAUACGGGAAGACCAUAGAAACACUAGCAUGCAUCUUGAGCAACAGUCCAAGAGGCAAGCGGUCUUUCAACGGUUCAUGGACGACUCUCGUGGUCGUCCCUAAAUCUGCUGCCGAGCAAUGGGCCGAUGAGGUCAAAAUUCAUUGUACGAACGUCACGGCCACGGUAUAUGACAAAGGCUCUGAGGCGUCGAAAGAAAAAUGGAGAAAGGAAUUGGCCUCUGACAUCCUGAUAAUCACCUAUGAUCAGCUUCGGGUCUCUCACCAAAGGUUUGAGGGAAAGAAGAAGCCCAAGUCCUGGUUGUUCGAGUCAAAGUUCUAUCGUGUGGUGCUUGAUGAGGCACACAAGAUCAAGAACCCGAAGUCUGAGAUCUUCGGGAUUUGCUUGAAGCUCAAAUCAAAGCACAAAUGGUGCUUGACAGGCACUCCCAUACAAAACGGAGUGUCUGAGAUAUUUGCUCCACUCAAGUUUCUAGGCCAUCCUAUGGCGGAAGACUUCUCAGACUUCAAGUCCAAGUACUUGGGAGGACGAGGAGGAAAGGAUCUGCCUACAGAAGGACCCAGAUAUUCGGACUUGAGUCGACUGCUCGAGCCGAUCAUGAUAAUGCGUACUCCAGGACACAGCUUCCUCGGCUGUGCUCUAGUCAGUCUCCCAGAGACUCAUGCAUUGCUAAGCCACGUGACGCUUUCUCGAGAGGAAGAAAUCAUACAAGAGUACAUCGACAAGCACAUGCGCGCCUACCUCACUAAGAAGGCAGCCGGGCAGACGAAAGAGAAGAAGCCGGGAAGACCACGAAAGAACACCAGCCAGGCCGCCGGCGUGCCGAGUGAAAAGCUUAGCUGGCAGUCACUCAAUGAAGUGCUGAUGAGAAAGAGGCAAUCUGUUGCCAGCCCAGCGCUACUUGAGAACCUCGUCAAAGGCGGGAUCUGGACUCUCGACCAAGUCAGAUCGAUGAGAGACGAAGUCCACAAGACCGGAAUUGUUGAUACACCGUUCAUUGACCUGUUUGAAAAAUGGAUCAAGGAGCCAAAAUCUCGCGACUAUUCAAGUGGAAACAGGAAGGUGGAUGAAUUGCAGGCGCAGGCAGGAGCAUCUCGUCCAUGCUCGCUCCUUCCGACGAUCAGUGACCGAUCUCGAAAGUCGAAGAUCAGAAGAUCACGGCUGAGAGGGGACGACUACAAUGGCUUCCAGCCAAGAGAUGAAAGUGGAUCUACUUUGUUUCGGAUCCUGGACACAGCUUCCCCCGCGGUUCCGCUCAGUUCUAAAAUGAAGGCCGUACUCAAACAGAUCCAAGACUGGGAGGUGGAAGCAAAGGAGGACAAGAUAAUCGUAUUCUCUCAGUUCAUUGGUUUCAGCCGGCUUCUUGGACGCGUUCUUCAGGACAAUGGAAUUGACUUCCUUUUCUUUGUCGGAGAAAUGGAUGACGACCAGCGUCAACAGGCAAAAUUGACAUUCAAGGAACACAGCGAGGUCAAGGUAUUGAUGAUUUCGAUGAAAUGCGGAGGGGAGGCUUUGAACUUGACGACAGCGAAUCGCGUUAUUAUAACUGACCCCUGGUGGAACCGAUCGGUUGAGGCUCAAGCAAUUGCUCGCGUCUACCGUAUUGGGCAAAUCAAGACCACCUAUGCUACACGUGUAUUGGCCGGAAACACCAUCGACGAUGAGAUUUACCACUUACAGGAGAAGAAACUCAGCCAGAUGAGAAACUGUCUGGAAGAAUUUCAAGCAGAUAAAGGUCUCGGAGCUCGAGCACUGCGAAGGCUGCUCGGUAGUCGUUGGAAGGAGAAGGGCGACGACGAUCAUGGCUCCGACGACGAGAGUGACUUUGACUACGAAGUCAAGGAGGACAACUCUGAAGAUGGUGAUUAUCUGGACUAA